GCGACAUCACCCUCUUGACGUCAGUAUCAUGUGACGUGAGGCGGAUGUUGCUGUCCGAAGACACGGUUUACAAAAUUAUCAUUUAUGUCGUUGCAAUACAACCGUGGAUGAACAAUGUCUUUGACGACGGACUCUAGUUUUUUAGGCGGAAGGAUUCCGCGAGAAAUUGAGUCUAUGUCGAAACACCUGAAGGAUUUAGACCAAGAGACUUUCAGAACAAUCUUGAAAGCUGUGGUGAGUGCCCUGGAGGGAAAGGACUGCAGGGAAGUGAUGGAGUCCAUCGCUGAGAACAGCCUUAUCCCUCAGGAAACUCUCAGCCACGUCGUCGCUGGAAUGUACCGAACUCUGUCUGAAGCUAUUCGCAUCCCGCCAGCGUCACUGAAAGUGGAGUCAUUUAAAGAGAAUCUGCGAGAACUGAGGAUACCUGAAGAAUUCAUCAGAGAUUUCUCAAGUGUAGUAUUUGGAAAUCGACGUGCCGCUUUGGAAGCAGCCACGGCUGAGAAUGAUCCCCAUUUGCCGAGAGUGGAGGAGCUGAAGUGGAGGCUGGAUGUGGCCAUUUCCACUAGCUCUCUCUCUCGGGCUCUGCAGCCGUCGCUUCUGAUGCAAAUGAAACUAUCAGAUGGAAGCUAUCAGCAGUUUGAGGUGCCAGUGGCUAAAUUCCAGGAGCUCCGCUACAACGUGGCUCUGAUUCUGAAAGAGAUGAACGACCUUGAGAAACGGAGCAUCCUGAAGAUCCAAGACUGAUGGUGCUGCCCAGCUCUCAUGAGUCGGACCAGCGGGGCAGAGAGAGAGAUGAUUUUGUCAGGGCACCCGCAGGACGACCAUGUUUUCUUAAUGAAAAUUAAAGUAUGACACUUGCCUUUUCACUUAAUGUUUGCAGCUAUGAUUGAAAAUAAAGUAUUUAAAAACAA